UAAAAGAAGACGUGUUUACGUCUCAUUCAGCUGUCAGCCUCCGUAAGGCGAACGUAAACAUGGGUGUCAGCUGGCUUACUGUAUCGGUCGUCACUGUGUUUUGGGGCAUUGUGGGCAUUCCCUUGCCCCUAAUUUUAGGAAGGGGGCCAAACAAGGGGGUCACUCAAGUGGUUUUGGUUAUCACGGCAGCGACAGGAUGGCUCUUUUGGGUGCUGAGCUACCUACAUCAGAUGAAUCCCCUCAUAGGGCCACAGUUGCAUGCCUCGACAGUUGUGGCGCUGAAGUACUUAUGGGAUGGGACCAUUGAUAUUAACGAUUUGCCUAAUCCAACCACAAUCGCGCCUCCGCCAAACACAACCACCCCUCUUGCCGACAUAACCACCCCUCUUGCCGUCAAUGCUGAAUUCGUAAUGAACUCUAUUGAAACCACAACUGCCUCUUUUGAAGCUACAACCACCCCUAUUGAAACCACAACCACCCCUAUUGAAACCACAACCACAAUCUCACCCAAGGCCAUAGAAGUUGUAACCAACCCAAUUGAUACUGCAACAGACAGCCCAGUUGACAGGACAACCAACAACCUACUUGACACUGGAACCGACUCAUUUGACACCACAACCAAUGUAUUUGACACCUCAACCAACCCGUUUGAUACUACAACCAAUCCAUACGAACCCACAACUGAGGACAUUUUCUAAGGGGUGCUUAGGAAACCUUUCAAUGCUGCACCAGUAUAUAUUCUGUUUUAAUGCACAUUGUUACUGAAAUUUUAAGUCAAAAGUUGUGCAGUAUAAGUUAUCCAUACUUUAAUUUGGUUGUAUUUCAGUAUUUUCCUAAAAAGGAGUCUGUGAAUUUUAAUUAUACCUGAGUUGUAAUCCUUGUAAAGACUCAUAUGAAUGAUGUCAUUGAUAAUUUAUAAAUUAUUUGUACCCUUUUGAAUUGAUGUGUUUUGUUGUGAGAUUUAAUAGCCAUCUUCGCUUUUAUGAAGAUAGUGAUAAUUUGAACAAAAGGAGAACUCUUAAUUCUAGUAGUAUGUUUGUGAGAUUUUGUAAAAUAGAAUGUAGAUUCUGAAUCUGUUUAUGGUUGUGACCAACAGUGCAUUAAGUAUGCUUCUUCAGAA